CUGGAACUCACGUCAUCAAAACGCGCCGCCAAAAAAUAAACCGGAAGUGCGUCGCCGAGCCGUUUCAGUGUGCGGUGUGGUGAAAGAAAAGUAACAUGGAUAUACGACCGAAUCACACCAUAUACAUCAACAACCUGAAUGAUAGAGUGAAGAAAGAAGAGGUGAAGCGGUCUCUCUAUGCCCUGUUCUCUCAGUUCGGUCAGAUCAUCGAGAUCGUGGCUAUGAAGACAAUGAAAAUGAGGGGACAGGCGUUUGUGGUGUUUAAAGAACUCGCUGCAGCUACGAACGCUCUCAGGCAGCUGCAAGGAUUCCCGUUCUACAACAAGCCCAUGCGAAUCCAGUACGCGAAGACGGACUCCGAUAUCGUCGCCAAGAUGAGGGGCACGUACGGAGACAAAGAGAAGAAGAAGGAGAAGAAGAAGAAAGCGCAGGAGCAAGCGGCCAACGCUGGCAAGAAACCAUUGAAUGCCGUAAACACACAGCCCCCUCCUCCAGCUACAGUCCAGGUUCCUGAUAAUCCUCCCAACUACAUCCUGUUCCUGACCAACCUCCCCGAGGAGACCAACGAGAUGAUGCUGUCCAUGCUGUUCAACCAGUUCCCCGGUUUUAAAGAGGUGCGUCUGGUCCCCGGAAAACACGACAUCGCCUUUGUGGAGUUUGAGAGCGAAUCCCAAGCUGGAGUCGCAAAAGACGCGCUACAGGGCUUCAGGAUCACCGCCACCUGCGCCAUGAAGAUCACCUACGCCAAGAAGUGACCACACACAGGUGUAACAUGAACAUUGUCGGACUGAAAUGCAGCCCUGCUGCCCGAAUCCUGGUUUCAUUACGAUCCAUUUCUUUCGUUACGUUCGUGACUUGUACAGGAUUUUUUUUUUUUGUAGAAAACGCCACCGUGGCAGACUGUGAGAGAGUCGGGGGGGGCAUCGGGGCUGAUAUUGUAUUUUUGUUUUUUAUGCUGAUGAUUAAAGGAGGUUUUCAACA